GCUUUUGCCGCAAGAGGCGCUUCCAUAGCAGGAAGUCGUAAGCUUUCCAUUUUGGACUUGAAUUGCUUAUUUUCAUCAACCAUUUCAUUACAUUUAUUGGGUCUUCAACUGAUAACAGAAGCAUCCAUGACAUCUGGUGGCACUUUGCAGAAAGCCAUAGAGCUUGUGACUAAAGCCACCGAGGAAGAUAAAAAUAAGAACUAUGAAGAGGCACUGAGAUUAUAUGAACAUUCAGUAGAAUAUUUUCUUCAUGCUAUUAAAUAUGAAGCCCAAAGUGAUAAGGCCAAAGAAAGUAUUCGUGCCAAAUGUGCACAAUACUUAGACAGAGCUGAAAAACUAAAGGUAUAUCUAAAGAAGAAAAAAAAGCAGCCUGUGAAAGACGGAGAAUCAAAAAAUUCACAUUUUGGUAAAGAUGGUGAGUCCAGCAAAAACAGAGCAGGUAAAGAUGACAAAGAGUCCUCAAGUGACUCUGACUCUGAGAAAGAUCCUGAUAAGAAGAAAUUUGAAAAUGCACUCUCGGGUGCCAUUAUUAUGGAGAAACCACAGGUUAAUUGGGAGGAUGUAGCUGGAUUAGACACUGCCAAAGAAGCCUUGAAAGAAGCUGUGAUUCUUCCAGUCAAAUUCCCACAUUUAUUCACAGGUAAAAGAAAACCUUGGAGAGGAAUACUAUUAUUUGGGCCUCCAGGUACUGGUAAAUCCUAUCUCGCGAAAGCCGUUGCUACAGAAGCAAACAAUUCAACAUUUUUCUCAGUCCGCUCAUCUGAUCUUGUGUCCAAGUGGCUUGGAGAAAGUGAAAAAUUAGUGCGAACACUUUUUGAUUUAGCGCGAGACCAGAAGCCAAGUAUUAUUUUUAUUGAUGAAGUGGAUGCAUUGUGUGGAUCAAGAACAGAUACUGAAUCAGAAUCAGCCCGUAGAAUCAAGACAGAAUUUCUUACACAGAUGCAGGGUGUUGGUACAAAUAAUGAUGGAGUUUUAGUGUUGGCUGCUACCAAUAUCCCCUGGACUUUGGAUUCCGCCAUCAGAAGGAGGUUUGAAAAACGAAUUUAUAUACCACUACCUGAUGCUGCUGGACGAGGAGAAGUCUUUCGUCUUCAUCUUGAAAACACACCGAAUGAUUUAACUGAAAGUGACCUCCGAGAACUUGGUCGUGUUGCUGAAGGAUAUUCCGGUGCUGAUAUUAGUGUUGUGGUCAGAGAUGCUCUGAUGCAACCUGUCAGGAAGGUACAAACAGCUACACAUUUUAGACAGGUGAAAGCCCCAAGCAGAAGUGACUCUUCUGUUAUGAUAAAUGAUUAUCUGUCUCCAUGUUCCCCCGGAGCACCAGGAGCUAUUGAAAUGAACUGGAUGCAAGUACCAAGUGACAAGCUUUAUGAACCUCUUGUCAAUAUGAGUGAUAUGUUGAUGUCGCUUUCAACCAUUAAACCAAACGUGAAUGAAAAAGACUUGGAGAAAUUAGAAAAAUUCACAUUAGAUUUUGGUCAAGAAGGAUAAGCUUCAAUGAGCUUUACAUAUCCCAAUGAAUUUUGCUGCAAAUUACAUAACUCUCUGAUGACUAGUGAAACUGUGCUUGUAUCAUCUACUAGGAAGGUUGCUAACUCUGCAGCGUAUAAUUGUCAAAUGUAUCUACUGCUGUGGAUAACUCUUCUGCAGAUGUUCAAAUUUAUCUGUUGCUGUGGAUGUUGGCAAAGAAAAAAAAAAAUGAAAAAAAAGAAAAUGGAUUAUAAUAUUUUUCUCAUCAUACUUGCAUUAAAAAGGCCCUUUCCCAAAACUAAAAAAUAAAACCAUUAUUAUCAACUUAACUUCCUGUUUUUAUUUAUACAGAGAAACCUUUCAGCAACAACUAACCACGGAUCUUACAACAAAAUUUUAAAUUAUGCUCUCAUAUUGUUGACUUUAUCUCCAAACUAUCAACAUAUAAAUGCUUGAUCCUUAAAAUUUUCACCACAAUCUUGUACUAAUUAUCGUACCAUUAGUACAGAGAUUGUGUAGAGACAAAAAUAGAAGUGGUUUUGUUAUUUUAAAAGAGAGAAGCAGUUAACCUGGAAUGCUUUGCAACUUCCUUGUCUGGUCUUUCAUGAAAGUUUUUUUCUUUUGACUCAUUCUUUUUCUCCUUGACAUUUCAAUCUUCUGAUACCUCAGUGGAAAAUGUAACAAAUUACACUUCUUUAGGGAAUAUUUCUGAUUAAUCUACAAAACAACUAAAUUCUAUUUACUAUUUACUUUUUAUUCUACAGUUUCAUAUGUCCAUGUAAACUGCAGGGUCAUCCUGGCUAGAUCACCUUUAAGUUAUUUCUCUGGACCCCACUCUCUUCUCUGUAAGGAAAAUUAAAAUGGAACGUCUUUAAAUGUGAACUUAAUUCCACAUCAUCCUUAGGACACCAUUUUGCUUGUGAUGCUUUAUUAAAUUUAAAGCUAUAUAAGCAAAGAUAAAUGUAAUGUAAAUUUAAAUAUAAGCAAACAAGUUUUUCAAAAUAAAUUUAUGGAGUAAUAAAAUUGUACUCAUCAGUUA